AUGUCUGCGGGUAAGGAUCCCCGGUGUGAAACUCCGCCCAUCUACUCCCCGCCUGCGCAGCCCAUAUGCGACGCUCAGGGUAAUCUCUGGCCGUCUGCCGAACAGAUCCCAAUCGCCAAAACUGCCACCCCCAACCAACGCACUAAACUCGGCUACGACAACGAUCAAAUGCCCAUGUGGUUGAGACCACGAUGCCCUUGCUGUGGCUGCAGACAAUUACCACCGGCCGGACCUUCCCACCGUCUGGAUCAUCAGAAUGCCUGCGGCUACGAUCCCACAGACCCCUGUGAUCAGCUGCUCUACGAGGAGUACUAUCAGAGCUUCUCCGACGUCUGUCCGCCCCACCGACGAUUCUGCGCUCAGAUCCAGCGUGCUAUGCACAGCCCCUGCUGUGUUGCCAGUUGUCAACCAGUCAGUCUACCCAUUGCCGGCACUGCUCAGACCUACAUGGGACAGUGUCCGCAAUCAUCAGCAGCUCCUCCUCCACCUCCACAGGGACAGCCCUACGGGAACCCAAAUGGGCGUUGGGACAACUGUUGUUGCGAGGGGCGAGCAGUGCAGCCGGAUUGUGAAUGUAGAAGACAGUGCUAA